AUGGCCAAGCAAGAAUUCGAGCCGAUCGAUUAUUUUGGGCCAGUUGUCGUUGCGGCAAUUUUUGCCAUCACACUAUUACUAAUCUCGUUCUUUGUGAUCAACUUCUUCUGCAUAACCAAAUACGAUGAUUUCACUCAAUUUGAAAAGUUCGGUGCUAAGCACAAUUGGCGAAUGGGCCCACACAGAUUGCACAUCGUGAAGAAGGGCGGUUUUGUCGCCGACGCAUACGAUGACGACGAUGAGGAAGCGGCCUACUUUGCUUAG